ACACACUAUUUAGAACAUUGAGUACAGAAGAGUCAUCGUACAGAAGUCAUCCAACAAGGGACUUCGUCCAGCGUUUCUCAUCUUGUUACAUAUCUUUAAAUGUACAAAACUAUUCAGGUUGAAUUAGAUGCCGCAUAAAAGUCUAGGACGUUUUGACUGAAAGAAGAGCAGAACUUGUUUUGUUCAGGAUACUGACAUGGGAGUGCAGAUAAUUAUAUUCUUACUACAAAUAUUUACUACAGAAAUGUAGUUGAGACUAAAAUAAGAAACAGUGUUGAGCUUUAGAUGAUCGACGCUUUUAAUUUGAGUUUGUUACAGUGUAACCACUGUCCUACUAAGGAUAAUAGAAUUUAGCAAUCCUUAAAGUCAAACUGGCGAGUUAUUGACAAGACAUUUAGUCAGCAUAGGUUGCUUUCUCUAAAUAUUCCCUGAAUCGAGGUGCCUGCAGACAUGGGAUCAAUCAAGCCAGCAGUCCUUUCAGGAAGGAAAGCCACAUGGGACACAGUGCCACCAAUUGGAGAAUGCCUGUCUGUUGACAAUGAGACUGAGUCUGAGGAUGAAGAUGUAGCAGAGGUUGAUGUUCCACGCCAACCCUGGUGGAGAACACCCCACAAUGCAUACUUCAAUGCUUACCCAGAAUGGCAGGACCUGCUUUCAAGAUCUGAUGAUAUCAUGUGCCCCCUCCAGUACUUCAUGCAGUUUUUCUCUGAAGACAUUCUGGAAGUUAUUGUAGGGCAGUCAAAUCUAUAUGCGGUACAAUGUAAAGCAAACAAGCCCCUUAACCUCACAACAAAAGAAUUGGAGCAGUUCCUGGGUAUUAUGGUGUACAUGUCGUUGUUUGGUUUACCAGGAACCCGCAUGUUUUGGAACAAAGCCUGCCGAGUGUCCCAAGUAGCUGUCACCAUGAUACUAAAUAGAUGGGAGGCCAUCAAAAAAUCCCUGAGGUUGACAGGUGGGAUCUCAAGCGAAAGAUGAUCACUUAAGUCCCCUGCCCUGCUAUGGUCAAAGAAUACAACAAGAAUAUGGGUGGGGUGGAUCUGCUUGACUCACUGAUUGCACUGUACCGGAACAAAAUCCGAUCAAGGAGGUGGUACCACAGGCUGGUGUUCCACUUCCUGGAUAUGAUCAUCGUGACCACCUGGCUGCUCAACUGAAGAGAUUGUAAGGGCACUGGCAUGAGAAAGAAGGAACAAAUGAAGCUGUAUACCUUCAAGUUAUACAUCGAUGAAGGCCUAUGCAAAAGUGGAAAGAGUCUGGAGCGCAAGAAAGGUCGUCCCAGUUCCACUAUUGCUGGUGAGUAUGAGGAGAAGAGGAGGAAAGGACCCGCUGCUCCAAUUCCAGUCCCUGAUGUGCACCUGGAUGCCACAGCCCACCAGAUGAUUAUGGCUGAAAAGAAGGGGAGAUGCAAGGUACCAGGGUGCACAGGUGGUGUAAUAACUUACAUCUCUUCUGGCUCCGCCUCCAGCCCGGAGUCUUGUUUGAGUGACAGCUGCAGCAGCUACCUGUGCUCCUCUCCGCCUCAUCCCUCACUGCCAAACCGGGCAGUAGGAAUCAUGGUGGACAUCGCCCGCCCUACCACAGCCAAGCACCCACGUAGCCACGGCACAGAGAAGACUGGGCGAUCUACCUCCGCCAAGAGCAGCAUCACCAAGAUCAACGGCAUGGUGUUGUUGUGUAAGGUGUGCGGCGACGUGGCCUCGGGGUUCCACUAUGGCGUCCACGCCUGCGAGGGCUGUAAGGGUUUCUUCAGGAGGAGCAUCCAGCAUAGCAUUCGGUAUAAGAAGUGUCUGAAGAUGGAGAACUGCACCGUCAUAAGGAUCAACAGGAACCGCUGUCAGCAGUGCCGCUUCAAGAAGUGUCUGACUGUGGGCAUGUCUAGAGACUCUGUUAGGUUUGGCCGCAUCCCGAAGAGAGAGAAGCAGCGCAUGCUGCUGGAGAUGCAGAACGCCAUGAACAACAUGGUGAUGAACAACAACAGCCAGCUCCACAGUAUGCUCCACGGCACCCAGAGUCCACCCUGCCCCAUGGAAGGGCUCCCCAAUGACGGCAGCUCCUCUUCCUCUGCCUCUUCUUCCUCAUCUAUCUCGUCUUCAUCAGACUCCAACCCUUCCUCACCCCGUUCCGUUCAAGACUCCAUGGAGACCAGCUCUAGCUCCGCCUCUUCCUAUUCGUCGGAUAGCUGUGAUGACGAGGUUCCUCCUUCCAGGGUGUGUCAUCGGGGCACAUUCACGUACCGCCUUGAGCAGCAACACCCCAUCAAAGAGGAAGUGGAGGAUUCGCAUUCGCAGGUCGCCGGGGAAACUGUAAAAGAUAGGAGAGACAGCCGCAUGGAGGAACUGCAGGAGAGCAGGAACCGCUGCAAUGAAGACACCAGGGGUUGCCAGCCUAGUUGCAGUCAUCAACACGUCACCAACGUUCCCUACCGGGAAGAGAGAGUUGUUUACCAGCAGCAGCCUGCGCAGCUAAACGGCGCCCCCAGUGGUGGCAUGCCAGAAGCCUCCUACAGCCUCCAUCACAGGAGCCACAACACAAUGCACAACGUACAGACCGUCUCCAAUGGUUACAGUGGACCAUUAUACAGCCUACAGGACCACAAGACAAACUUCGUCAUUCCUGGUCUCUAUGUGGACCCCAGUCAGCGCAGCCAGGAGAUCUGGGAGGAGUUCUCCCUGAGUUUCAUCCCGGCCGUGCGCGAGGUUGUGGGGUUUGCCAAGAGGAUCCCGGGCUUCCGAGACCUCCCCGAGUACGACCAAGUCAGCCUGCUCAAAAACGGAACGUUUGAGGUGCUUAUGGUGCGCUUUGCUUCAUUGUUCGACGUGUCCGAGCGCACCGUGACCUUCCUGACGGGGAAGUGUUACAGUUUGGAGCUGCUACGCUCGCUGCGGGCCGGGGAGCUGCUCACCUCCAUGUGUGACUUCAGCGAGAAGCUGGCCGCUCUGCAGCUGGACAAGGAUGAGAUGAGCCUCUUCAUUGCCGUCGUCCUUGUCUCCGCCGAUCGUUCGGGGAUCCAGGACUUGAAGUCAGUGGAGGCGCUGCAAGACACGCUGAUCAGAGCUCUGCGGAGUCUGAUCAUGAAGAACCACGCCAAGGAGACUACCACCUUCACCAAGCUGCUGCUGAAGCUGCCUGAGCUGCGCUCCCUCAACAACAUACACUCUGAAGAACUGCUGGCCUUCAAUGUGCACUCGUAAUAGGGCUCAUCUGACUCCUAAUACCCUCCUUCCACACUUUGAAAACAGGACUGACUUCCUCUGCCACUCCUAUACCAGGACCAAGGGGAGACCUUGGUUUGCAGUCAACCAACUCAGUGUAUUUCUCCAGAAUGUAUUGAGAAGUUCUUCUUUUGGACUAUGUUGAUAGGGACAAAGGUCAGAGAAGAGACGAUACUGUACUCUAGUCAUAUGAGAAGGCUUGAGAACGGAGCUAUUGCCCGCACACACGAGUGUGUGUGUGUGUGUGUGUGUGCGUGUGUGUGUGUGUGUGUUUGGGGGGGGGGGGGGGUGUUGUUUUACCAAGUUAGAGGCACCUUUCUAUUUUUAAAGGAAAAGGUAAAGAAAUGCUAUACCGGCUUUUUGAAAUGAUGAAGUGCAGAACUACUUGGUUUUGUUUGGUAAAUUCAAUGAAUUCCAAAGUGUUUGUCCACGAGCAGUGUGAAUGUGAUGAUUAUGCUAUCUAUUUCAUUCGACGCGCAAUAUCAAAUGGUCACUGUUUUCGACCCAAUAUGUUUGAAAACAUCCCUCAAGACUCAAUGUAAGCAUCUAUCUAUCAAAAAGAAUGCUUGAUGAAUCUGAUAAUUGCUGCAAUUGCAUGGCUAUCCUUAAGUGAACAACUUGACAUUGUCGCUCCCAAGAGUCAUUUCUUUACUUUUGAAUUGUUCAACUGCAUUUUCAUCUUUACUGUCCUUUGUGUAGGGUAUUUAAUUUGUCUGAAUAUUUAAUUUUUGCAUGACUUUGUUAGCUGCUACUACCACGCCUCCUUCUGGGGAGUUUUUCAGCAACACAACUUUGCACAUUGUGUUGUGGACUGUCAACCUCCAAAAUCACACAUGUCAGCACAGACCCACAUCAUGUGCGCAUGAUGUGAUCGCGAUGAUACUGAAGUGUUCCUGAACUGAUUCCCCACCUUCCUCACAGUGAGGAGUUACUGGGUGGUUUUGACGUUACCUCCUGGCAUUUCAGCACAGCACUGACUUUAAAACUGAUAUUGUUUCCCAUCUGUUUUUUUUUUUGUUGAAUGUCUGUAUUUGUCUCCUUUUACUGACAAGAUUGCAGUUUGGAAAUAAUAGUUAUGCUAUAGCUAUCAUAUAAAUAUAUAUAAAUAGUAUAAAUAAAUACAAGUGAAGUUA